AUGUCCAUGAUGGAGGCCAUGCGCGCGAUGAUGGCCGAGGCGAAGCGCGUCAAGGCCGAGGCCGCGGCGGCGGAGGCGGCGGCGGAGGCGUCGUCGUCGUCGGGCGCGCAGGACGCCGGCUCGGACGUGUCCGAGGACGCGGCGCACCGGCCCGUGGACCCGGGCCUCGACGGCGCCUGCGCGGCGGCGGCGAGGUACGUCGCCGAGGGCCGGGACCCGCUCAUCGCCGCGCGCCGCAAGCACUGGUACGCCGCGGAGGCCUGCGCGCCCGUCGCGCUCCGGGGGCUCCUGGACGCGGCCGACGUCGCCGAGGCGCACGCGGCGGCCGCCGCGCUCGCAGCCGCGGGCCAGAGCGCGCGCCACUUCAAGGACGCCACGGCGGCGUCGACGCUGGGGCACGCCAUCGUCUACCUGCACGCCGGCGGCUACUUCCAGGCGCGCCACGCGCGCCUCUUCGCGAAGAUCGAGCGCGCGAUGCGGAGCCGCGCGCCGGCGUCGUGGACCUGCUGCGACCGCGACGAGGCCCUGCGCGUGCGCUGCAUCGAGCACCACACCUACGGCGCCGGGAGCGGCCUGCUCAUGGCCAACCACCGGGACAACGACUCGUGCCUCACGGUCUCCGCGCUCCUCUCCGACGGCCACGGCGGCGGCCGCUUCGUCACCUACCGCGACGGCAGGCCGCAGCCCCACGACCUCGGCGCGGGCGACGCCGUCCUCUUCCCCUCGGAGAAGCUCCACAACAUCGAGACCGUCACGAGCGGCGUCCGCACGGCGCUCGUCGUCGAGCUCUGGCGCGACAAGACCAACGCGAAGGACCGGAGCGACGCGCUCGCCUACGAGGCCGACGGCGUCGCGGUCUGGCGCGGCGUCGUCGCCGCCGACGAGGUCGCCGCGCUGCGUGGAGCCUACGACGCCUGGGCGGCGAACGCGUCCUUCGACGGCGCCGUGACCGUGAACUUCUGCUCGCCGUGGCCGACGCUGUGGCCCGGCGCGCCGGCCUGCGACUCCGGCGUCGCGCCGAUCGUCGAGGACCUCCUGCGGGCCGCGGCGGCCGCGGCCGCGCGGACAAUCGUGGCGACGGAGGCGCGCGCGCGCGGCUACCCGCUCACGCUCGCGGCCGUGAGCGUCGCGACGAGCCUGCCGUCGUCGCCGGCGGCGGCGCCGGCGCGCGCCUUCGAGCCGGGGCUCGAGGUGGAGUACGUCCUGAUCCCGCUCGGCGCCGCGCCCGCGGACGGCGGCGCGUGGGAGGUCUGGCCCGGGUCCCACCGGACCGCCGCGGUCGCGGGCGACGGCGUCGUCGUCGCGACGGCGCCGGGCGACGUCAUCGGGCUCCGGCCCGCCGUCUUCCACCGGCGGACGGCGAAUUCCUUCGCGGCGCCGCGCCCGUGCCUCGUCGCCGCGUUCGUGCCCGCGGUCCACGGCUACGGCUCCUCCGCCGGCCCGCGGCGCUUCGACGCGCUCGCCGACGCGCGGGACCAGCUGCGCGUCGUCCUCGACUUCGGGCCGCCGCGCCCGUCCGAGCGCUACGGCGGCCGGCGCCUCGAAAUCGCCGACGCGCUCCUCGGCGACCUCCGCGCCGCCGCGGGCGAUCCCCUCGCCGCGUUCCGGCGGUCGCCGGCCUACGAGGCUCUGGGCCGGGGCGUGAACGGCGCCUGCGCGCUCGCCGCGGCCCUCGCGGCGGCGCGCGGAGACGCGCCCGCGGACCUCGGCGUCGGCGGCGCGCGGCGCUGCCCGGGCCUCGCGACGACGGCCGAGGCCCUCGUCGCGGCGGCGCACGUCGCCCAGUUCCGCGCCGCGUCGCCCGUCGCGCCGGCGCGCGUCUUCGAGCUCGCGCCGGCGAGCCCGCAGCUCGCGUUCGAGAUCGCGCGGUCCGCGGCCGUCGAGUCGUACGCGUCCGCGGACCUGCCGCUGCUGUCGGCGCUCCAGUGCGCGGCGCUCGCGGCGAGCGGCCUGCGGCCCUUCCCCUUUGCGUGCCUCGACGUCCACGGCUUCGCCGGGGAAACCGCGGCCCUCUGGCCCCGCGGCGGGGGGCGCGUCUUCGUCGCCGCGCUGAGCCUCGGCGACGCGCCCGCGGCCGCGCGCCGCGCGGUCCUGCGGCGCGUCGCCCACUUCGACGCCUUCUGGCUCCUCACGGCCGAGAACGGCACGGCGACGACCUUCGCGCGCGCGCGCCGCGACGCCGCGCCCGUCGCCGAGGUCCGCGCGGCCGCGGACGCGCGCGACUGCGCGCUGCCGCCGCCCCUCGGCGCGGCGCCGGAGCACGCGGCCGCCGCCGUCGUCUGCCCGUCGGGCAACUACGGGUCGACGGCCGUGACCUGGACCGAGCGGCGCGCGGCGACGUCGCGCGAGGACUUCGAGGAGGACGUCGUCGUUACGGUGGGCGCGCGGGAGACGCUGCCCGUCGCCGCCGCCGCGGCCCUGGCCCCCUGCCCCCGGGCCGCCGGCGGGGCGAAGCUGCUCGCGUACGACCCCCUCUGGCGCGGCUGGACCGCGGACGCCGCGCUCGAGCGCUUCGCGGCGUCGGACGCGUACGCGGCCGCGGCGGCCGGCGGCGACGGCCUCGGCGCGCUGGCGCGGCGCCACGCCGCGGCCUGCCUGCGCUGGACCCGGCUCUGCGUGUCCCAGGACUUGGCGGCCCACGAGCCCUGCCAGGGCGUGCUCCGGGGCGCGGUGGAGCCGCAGCACGCGCCGUGCGUGCGGCACGGCGCGCUCCGCGGCGCCGACGGCCGCGCGCGCGCGUCCGCCGCCCUCGCGUCCUGCCACGGCCGCGUCGCGGCGCCGUUCCCCCUCGAGGGCCCCUACGACGCGCCCGCGGCGCCGGCGCCCGCCGUCGCGGAGCGGCGCGAGGCCGUCGCGGGCGUGCUGGGCCCCGGCUGCCGGAGGCUCUGCCACGUGGGCGCCAACGUCCUGUCGCCGGCGAGCUACUGGCUCGCGGUCACGCACGACGACGUCGACGUGACGCUCUUCGUCGUGCCGGCGCCGCAGGGCGGGGACGACGACGACUUCCGCGUCCUCGAGGCGACGGCGCGCGCGCUGCCCCCGGGCAAGCGCCUCGAGGCCGUCGCCCUCAACUCGCUCCGGGCCCUCGAGGCGCGGGCCGUCGCGCCCUACCGCGGGACCUGCGACGCCGUCUACGUGGACCUCUGGAACCUCGGCGCGGUCGCCGCGCGGGACCUCGGAAACGCCGCGCGGCUCCUCCGCGGCGCCUCGUCGCGGCUCCUCGCGCCCGCGCGCAUGGACCGCCCCCACCUCUGGCCCGAGGUCGGCCGCUUCGCCUUUUCGGACCAGGCCGCCUACGACCGGCGCGCGGAGACGCGCAACGGCACGUGCGUCGACUGGGCCGCGGUCGACGGUGCGGGCGCGCCGGCCGUCGACUUCGCCGACUGCGCCGAGGCGACGGGGCGGAACCUCGUGGGCCUGGGCGGGUUCCUGUGGCACGCCGUGCCGGACGGCGCUCUCGCGGCGGCGGAGGCGCGCGAGGCCGCGGCGGCGGACGCGGCGGACGUCCCCGACGCGGAACCGCGCGGCGCGGCCGCGCCGGACGCGGGCGUCGCGCUGGCCCCGGGCUGGCUGGCCCACCACGCCGGCGCCUGCGACUUCGUGCUCGUGACCUGCGCGCGCGAGGGCGACGUCGCGCGGGCCCGCGAGGCGCUCGGCGUCAUCGCGUCCGCGGUGCUCUCCGCGCCGCGGGGCCCGCGGCGGCACGCGCUGCGCUUCACCGUGUUCUGCAACCACGUCGCGGCGAAGGUGCUGCGCCGGUCCAUGCAGCGGCUCAUGGACAUGGCCUGGGGCCGCUUCGGCGGCGAGGACCUCGUCGUCUACUUCGACGCGACCUGGCCCGACCGCGUCCCCGAGGCGGCGAAGGCGCACCUCAUGCUCUUCAAGCCCUGCGCGACCGUGAAGCUCUUCCUGCCCCAGAUUCUAGACCCGACGAUCCGCUGGGCCGUCUACCUCGACACGGACGUCGUCUUCGCGGCGGACCCGGCCGCGCUCUGGCUCGGCGCGGUGGGCACGCUCGCGGCGGCCGGCGCGGCCGUCGCGGCCGCGGCCGAGCACGGCGACGUCGCGCCGUCCUGCGAGGGCUCCGCGGAGCACUACUACAACCAGAGCGCCGCGGCCCGGGCCCUCCCGCGCGCCUUCCCGGACGACGGCGCGAACACGGGCGUCCUCGCGCUCGACGCGGCGGCCGCGCGCGACGCGGGCUGGGGUCCGACGCUCGCGGCCGUCAUGGCGGACCUCGCCGCGACGAAGGCGAACGGGUCUUUGGACUUGGGGGAUCAGUCGGUCUUCAACGUCGCCGCGGGCGGCGACCAAUUCACCGUCGCGCGCCUGCCCUGCGAGGCGAACUUCCGGACGGACUUCUGCCAGCACGCGGCCUACGACUGCGACCGCUGCGCGGCCGCGCCCCUCCUCCUCCACGCGCCGCGCUCGGCCUUCCACGAGGGGAAAUUCGCCUACGCGCCGGCCUUCGGCCGCCUCUACGCCUUCUUCCUCGACGCGCUCGACUCGCACGACGACGGCGCGGGGCUCGCGGCCGCGGCCGCGCGCGCGGCGGCCGACUUUGAGCGGCUCCUCGACGACGGCCGCGCGGUCGCGCGGCUCCCGUGCCGGGCCAUCGCCGAGCUCGCGCUCUCUCUCGUCCGGGCGGCGCCCACGAGUCCGCGUCCGCGGCCGCCGGCGGCGCGCGCGCACCGCGCCGCGAUCGCCAUGGGUCUGCGCGCCAUCGCCGACGCGGACCCCGACGGCGUCUGCCAGCGGCUGCUCGACGAGUGCGACUUCGAAACCACCACCGAGGCGGAGCUCGAGGACAUGGUCCGGGAGCAGCUCGCGCUGCUGGAGGUCGGCGACCCGGGCUGCGCCUGGAUCGGGCUGCGGGCCGCGCUCCGCGUGCCGAGCGGCUGGAUCCGCUACCGGACGCACGAGGGCGACCUCUACUACCUGCGCGACGGCACCGAGGACUCGCAGCGGGAGCCAGGGCAGCGAAAUUCCCAACUUCUAUCUCGGUGGGAGCACCCGCUCGAGCCGGAGCUCCGGGCGCUCUACGCGCGCGCGCGGUCCCGGGGCAGCGGCCGGCCCGCGCCCCGGGGCAGCCCCGCGGGCUCGCCCGCGGCGGGCUCGCCCGCGGGCAGCCCCGGCGCGGCCGGGCCCGCGCGCCAGUUCGGCAGCCCCCGGUCGUCGGCCGGGAGCCCGACGUCGAGCGGCGGCAGCCCGCGGCGCGGCGCGAACAGCCCGCGCGGCGGCGCGAACAGCGGCGGCGGGAGCGGCGACGCGCUGUGCGCCAUGUACGCCGCGUUUAAAGCCGCGGCGGCGGACGCGGACGCGGCCCGCGCGGCGCUCCGCGUCUUCGACGCCGAGGCGGCGGCGGAGCGGGUCGCGCUCCAGGGCGCGUACGCCGCGCGCGCGUCGCGGGCGCAAGCCGAGGCCCACGGGGCGUACGCGGCCCGAAGCGCGCGCGCGGACGCGGCCGCGGCCGCGGCCUUUCGAGCGGCGGGAGCCUCGGACCGCGCGGCGGUCGCGGACGCGGGGCGCGCGGCCGCCGCGGCCGUGGACGCGAUGCGAGCCUCGGACCGCGCGGCGGCCUCGGACGCGGACGGCGCGGCGGCGGCGGCUCUGGACGCGAUGCGGGCGUCGGACCGCGCGGCGGCCUUGGACGCGGACGGCGCGGCGACCGCGGCGUCGAACGCGACGCGGGCGUCGGACCGCGCGGCCGCCGCGCGCGACGCGGCGGCCGCGUGGCGCCUGAGCAACGAGGGCCUCCGCGCGGCGGCGGCGGCGGCGGACGCGGCGCGCGAGGCCGGCGCGGCGCGGACGCGGGAGCAGCUCGCGGCCGCGGCGGACGCGCGGUCCGCGCUCGAGGCGUCGACGCGCCGCGUGCUCGCGGAGCAGCGGCGGCAGGGCGACGACCGCGCCGCCGCGGCCGCGCUGGACCUCGCGGCGUCGACGAAGCGCUGCGCCGCCUUCGAGGCCCGGCUCCGCGCCAAGGAGGAGGCCCACGACGCGCUCCAGGAGCGCUUCGCGGCCCUCGCGCGCGCGGCGGAGGCCGCGGAGUCGGCGGUCGCGAAGGAGCGGCGCGAGGCGUCGCGGCUGCGGGCCGAGCUCACGAAGCUCGCCGUGCGCGACGUCGAGGCGGACCGGCGGGCCCUCGACAGCAUGCGCACGAUCCUGCCGCCGCCGCCGCCGGGGGACGAGGGGACGGAGCAGUAA